CCUCCACCACAGUAUCAGCAUCAGCAACAACAACAACAACAACAAAUGGAAUACCAACAGCAGCAAGUGCAGCAGCAAACAAUACAACAUCAGCAAUUUCAGCAGCCCCACCCGCAACCACCACAGGUUCAGCCAAACAAUAGAAUGACAACAGCACCGUACGAUAUCUACUUUAACCACCAACAACAGCAGCAUCAACGACAGCACAAGGACGAAAUGAUUGCCACUUCAUCCGUAGCAGCAACUACAAGACGCCCACAAAGAAAGCGUAGACGCCCUCCUCAUUCAUACGCGUCCAUGAUCGCCCAAGCCAUACUGACUUCGGCUGAACAUAAGCUAACAUUACGCGAUAUUUACGACUAUGUUCAAAAACGAUAUCCACACAUGUAUGAAGCCAACGAGCCAGGCUGGCAGAACACAAUUAGGCACAACUUGUCGUUAAACCGCUGCUUCCGUAAAUUAUCACGCGCCAAUGGUAGCAAGUCCAAGGGUAAAGGCGGUUAUUGGUGUAUCGAUAUUGACGAGUUGAACAACACGACGUUUGGAAACCAGAUCCUUACCAGCGGCGCAUUGGGGUCAUACGAAUAUUGGCGUCAACGAUUACAUCAUCAACAACAACUCCUCAUUCACACUGCAUCAUCUUCGUCGACACGGAGUAGUAUAUCAUCAACAGCAUCGUCAUCCAUUGAUGGUACACCAACAAGCACAAUGACGGCCACUACAGAUGAUUCGCUACCUUCGGAAGAAUCUUUGAUUUCUUCCACUACCACUACAGGGUUCCACCAUGCUCCUCCUCCUUCGGAUUUGGGUAUUGCCUUUGCAGCGCCUCAUCAUGCAAGGAAACUAUGGCCCAACUUCUAAUUUCUCUCCUUUCUUUUCUCUGACAUUCUCUUAGUUUUUAAUCCGCAUAUAUCUAUUUUACACAUGGAUCAUAUCACCCUUUGCCUUUUACUAUAGUAUAUCACUUGUGAUGCUGGCUCGUCCCAGGAAUUUAAUCAUUAUGUAGAAAAAUAGCUAGUUAGCUUAUAUAUCAAAAACAUUCAUUAUUAUGCCAUGUUAUUUUUCACGCUAUUAAAGAGAAACAUA